GCAGUUUAGUCAAACCGGAAGUUACAAAAUGUCAACACUGAUAAUAAUAUUUCAUUGAUAUGACAAAUAGUUCUUGGAACGUCGUGUAAUGAUAUACCUGAUUCGUUGACGUUCUGUUAAUUAUAAUAUAUAUAAAAUGAAGUCGAGGUUUAGUACAGUUGAUAUAGCUGUAGUGAUAAAGGAGUUGAAAAGAUUUUAUGGAAUGAGAGUAGUUAAUGUGUAUGAUGUGGAUGCCAAAACCUACCUUAUCAAACUGGGAAAACCUGAUGAUAAAGCUGUCAUCUUGAUUGAAUCUGGCAUUCGUAUACAUGGAACAGAGUAUGAUUGGCCAAAGAAUAUGGCACCAUCUGGAUUUUCCAUGAAGCUGAGGAAGCACAUUAAAGGGAGACGCCUAGAGAACAUAUGCCAAUUGGGCUUGGACAGGAUCGUGGACCUACAGUUUGGUUCUGGAGAGGCAGCUUAUCAUGUUAUAUUGGAGCUGUAUGACAGAGGCAAUGUGGUACUGACAGAUUUUGAGUACACCAUUUUAAAUAUUCUGCGACCCCGAACUGACACAUGCCAGGAUGUGAAGUUUGCUGUUCGAGAAAGUUAUCCAAUCAGUGCUGCCAAGCAACAUUCCAUACCCUCCAAUGAAAAGUUAAUGGAAGUGAUAUUGGCAGCCAAAGUUGGGGAAGUUUUGAAGAAAGUUUUGCUUCCAUAUCUUGAUUAUGGACCUGCUUUGACUGAGCAUUGCCUUCAGUCUAUUGGGUUGCCAGAAAAUGUCAAAAUUGGAAAAGGAUUCAUCAUCACAGAAGAUAUGGAUAAACUGAAAAGUGCAAUAGAAAUGGCAGAAUCUUUAAUGACAAAAUUAUCAUCGGAACCUUGUCAGGGAGUGAUUAUCCAGAAGAAAGAGAAGCGAGUAACAUUCAAGGAUGGAGAAUCAUCAGAACUGUUAACAUAUGAAGAGUUCCAUCCCAUGUUGUUCAAACAGUUUGAAAACAAGCCUCAUUGUAUGUUUGAAAACUACAACAAAUCUGUAGAUGAGUUCUUUUCCCAACUGGAGAGUCAGAAAUUAGACAUGAAAGCUCUACAACAGGAAAAGUCAGCUCUCAAAAAGCUGGACAACAUCAAGAAAGAUCAUGAGAAGAGAAUAGAUGGACUACAGAAAGACCAAGAAGUUGAUAUCAAUAAGGGCCGCUUGAUUGAAUUAAACCUGCCAUUGGUGGAUCAGGCCCUGCUGAUUGUGAGGAGUGCUCUGGCCAAUCAGAUUGACUGGACAGAAAUACAGAACUUGGUCAAAGAGGCUCAACUACAGGGAGAUCCAGUGGCCUCCUGCAUAGUAGGACUCAAGCUGGAAUCCAACACGAUCGCUCUCUUACUUAGGGACCCAUUCAGAUACAGUGAUGAGGAGGAUGAGGAUGAGGAGGACAUAUUGAGGCCGACUAAGGUGGACAUCGACAUUUCAAUGAGUGCCUAUGGCAAUUCAAGGAAAUAUUUUGACAAGAAGAAAACUGCAGCAAAGAAAGAACAGAAGACUAUAGAUGCUUCAGCUAAGGCUCUAAAAUCAGCUGAGAAGAAAACUAAAGAAACACUCAAAGAAGUAGCCACAGCAGCAACUAUCAAUAAAGCUCGGAAAACUUACUGGUUUGAGAAGUUCCUUUGGUUUAUUACAUCGGAGAACUAUCUGGUCAUCGGUGGACGGGACCAACAGCAAAACGAAAUGAUAGUCAAAAGAUACCUCCGUCCAGGGGACUUGUAUAUUCAUGCUGAUCUCCAUGGUGCUAGUAGCUGUGUCAUGAAAAAUCCAUCAGGAGAACCAGUUCCUCCCAAGUCAUUGAAUGAAGCAGGCACAAUGGCUAUUUGUAAUAGUGUGGCAUGGGAUGCUAAAGUUGUGACAAGUGCUUGGUGGGUUUAUCAUGAUCAAGUGUCCAAGACAGCGCCAUCUGGUGAAUACCUCACAACAGGAAGCUUUAUAAUCAGGGGUAAAAAGAAUUACCUACCACCUUCCCACCUUGUUUAUGGAUUUGGAUUACUGUUCAAGUUGGAGGAUGACAGCAUAGAGAGACAUAGAGGAGAACGGAAAGUCCACAAAGUGGAGGAUGAUGCCAUAUCAGUAGCAGACUCCAUAGCAACAGAGAGUGAUCUGACUGCCGACACAAACAGUGUGAAUCAAGACACAGACAGUGAUAGUGAUAGUGAGACAGAGGAAAAUUACAACAGAAGUGAAAGUACUGAAGACAGCGAAAGGCCUCAGACUGAUAGUGAAAGUAAAACAGAUGGAAAUGGUGAUUGUCAAUGUGUAGACAAAAAUGGAAAAAUAUCAGGUGAAGAUAGUGAUAAAAAGGAAGUGAAGGAGGAAGACGAUAAGGAGAAGAACUUGUUUCCAGACACAUCAAUAUCAUUACAACAUGUCAAGGGAGAUAAAUUUGAGCUCCAGCGAGAGAGGAGUAAUACGAGUGGCAGUGUGGAGGAUCCGGAGAAGAAGGAAAUGACACCUGUACUACAGACAGGAGGUAGAGGAGCAAAAAUAUCAGCAAAACAAAGGAGGGAAAUGAAGAAAGCCAAAAGAGUCCAGAACCAACAGAAAGAGAACCAAGAGGAUGAGGAAGAUAACGUAUCUUGGCUUCGUCAAGAUAAGGACAGGGUACUAGGAGAAGAUGUGAAAGAGAACCAGUCAACACAGAAGUCAAAGCAAGAUCACAAUCCAAAAUCAGACUCUAAUGAACUGGAUUCUGUUGAAAAGCAGGCUCAGAUACAAUUCAAAAGAGGACAAAGGAGUAAAUUGAAGAAGAUCAAAGAUAAAUAUGGAGAUCAAGAUGAUGAAGAAAGACAACUCAGGAUGGAAAUUUUAGCAUCAGCAGGUGCUAAAAAGGAGGAUAAAAAGAAGAAAGGUAAGAAGGGCCAACACCAGCAGAAUGCCAGACCUGUCAGUGCAAAGCAACAGUUACAGCAGCAAAAGGACAAAGGUCAAGCCAAGUCUGUAGACAUCAUACUGCAACCUACAGCAGAGCUUAUUAUUGAAGAAUCAACAACAGUGGAAAAUGAGAAAGCACAAGGGAACCCAGCAACACUAGCAAAACAGGAAAAACAGAAUGACUCUGAUGAUGAAAAACAGGAGGAGGGCAUGAAACCAGACGAUGUAAUGAUGCUGGAUUCCCUGACUGGCUGCCCAGUUCUGGAAGAUGAACUUUUGUAUGCCAUCCCAGUAUGUGGUCCAUACAGCACCAUGCUGAAUUACAAAUUCAAAGUGAAACUAUUGCCUGGAAGUACGAAACGAGGAAAAGCUGCUAAACUUGCCCUCAAUAUGUUUUCACAUGAAAAGUCAACAACGUCAAGAGAAAAAGAUCUUGUCCGUAUUUUAAAGGAUGCUGAUACAAGUCGAAAUAUUCCUGGAAAAGUGAAAGUAUCUGCUCCAAAUCUUCAUAAGGCAAAAGGAAAGUAGGAAAACCUUUGUGAACAAGGACAAAAGACUAAAGAAUUCAAAUAUUAAAAUGUACUGCUUUUCUUCAUUUGUGGGUUUUUAUUAUUUUCUUUCCUGUCUUACUUCAACAUUACAUGUGAAAAAAAUCAGUUGACAUGCCAUUAAUCUUAAUCAUUGCUUUAAUUCCCACAUACAGCGUAGAUGUACAUAUGUUGAUGGAUCACAACAUAAUAUUUGUAUGCAAGGUGUAAAUGUAUAUCUAAAAAAAAAAUUCCACGAAAAUAUGGAAUGUUUUACGCUCAUGAUUUGAUUAAUACUCCUGUGGAGGUCCUAGAAAUGUGUCAUUACUCGGGGAAAGCUAGCAGAUUCCUACAUGUAUCUUUAUUUGGAUGCCAAAUAUGAAAUGUUUUAAAACUGAUUCAUUUGCUGAAACAUCAAAUUUGAUACAGUGGUGGCUUUAAAAACUUUAAUUGUAAUCGGAAGUCUACAUAUACAGUAACAAGGAUCCAUUCACUGAAGUCAACAUUUAGUCAAAUUGAGACAAAUGCACCUAAGUUAUCUCAACUAUUGAAUUCUGAAGGUCAUUCAGGGGAAUGAUUUUGGCCAUAGGCCUCUUUACUUUUCAUUCCAUCUUUUCUGUCUUAUUGAUAAUGGGGAUUAUUUACAUUUCCAAUGUUUUUGCCUUUGAUAUCUCUACAAAUUGUAAGGAUAGCCAUUUCCUCAUGAAUACGCUGUUGUUCUGAACAAUCUCUUCUAUUUCUUUCUGAAUUACUACAUGUUGCUGUUAAAAUAGACAUACAGUACUAUAUUUAUUAAGAUUUAUACGUGCAUUGUUCACAAUUGCAGUAAAUUCAUGUGGAAAUGGCUAUCAUUACAAUUUGCAAAGGUAUCAAAGGUAAAAUUUUGGAAAUGUAAAGAUAUAUAUUUGUAAGUAGAGUAGUAUACAAUAAAAUAUACAAAGAUGGAAAUGGCAUUUACAUGUACACGUACACAUGUAUGUUGACUACUAAGAAAUGGGAAAUACAUGUAAGUAAAUUAAUAGGCAUUGUAUCGCUAAUUUUAAUUCUAGCAAUCUGCUCACCUUUGUAAAGUACAAAUUAUAUGUGAGGUUGUGAGCUGUAUGAAAAGUAAAGAUAAUGAACAGUGAUCAAUCUCGUAAAUCCCAUAAAGAAUACACAAAUUAAGAGUAGGGCAAACAUAGACUGCUGGACACACCAGAAGUGGGAUCAGGUGCCUUGGAGGAGUAACCAUCCCCUGUUAACCGGUCACACCCGCCCUGAGUCCUAUAUCUUGAUCAGGUAAACAGAAUAAUUGGUAAUCAAAAUUUGUAUAUAAAAACAGCAUAACAAUUGGUAUGAAACACGUCGGACAUCAUUCAACCUAAUGACAGGUUGUACUGUUUUAACUAUCAAAGUCCUUUAUUAUACCCCCCGCAACAAGUUGUGGGGGGGUGGGUGGGGGGGGGGGAUAUACUGGAAUCGGGUUGUCCUGUCUGUCUGUCCGUCCGUCUGUAGAUGCAAUGGUUUCUGGGCUCUAAAGCAUUAUCCUUUCCACCUACCGUCACCAUAUCAUAUAUAUGGACUACCCAUGGGAUGAAGAUGUUCCCUAUCGAUUUUGGGGUCAAAGGGUCAAAGGUCAAGCACACUGGACAUCGAAGUAGCAAUAUGGUUUCUGGGCUCUAAAGCGUUAUCCUUUCCACCUACAGUCACCAUAUCAUACAUAUGGACUACCCAUGGGAUGAAGAUGUUCCCUAUCGAUUUUGGGGUCAAAAGGUCAAAGAUCAGGUGCACUGGACAUCGAAGUAGCAAUAUGGUUUCCGGGCUCUAAAGCAUUAUCCUUUCCACCUACCGUCACCAUAUCAUAUAUAUGGACUACCCAUGGGAUGAAGAUGUUCCCUAUCGAUUUUGGGGUCAAAAGGUCAAAGGUCAAGCGCACUGGACAUCGAAGUAGCAAUAUGGUUUCCGGGCUCUAAAGCAUUAUCCUUUCCACCUACCGUCACCAUAUCAUAUAUAUGGACUACCCAUGGGAUGAAGAUGUUCCCUAUCGAUUUUGGGGUCAAAAGGUCAAAGGUCAAGCGCACUGGACAUCGAAGUAGCAAUAUGGUUUCCGGGCUCUAAAGCGUUAUCCUUUCCACCUACAGUCACCAUAUCAUACAUAUGGACUACCCAUGGGAUGAAGAUGUUCCCUAUCAAUUUUGGGGUCAAAAGGUCAAAGGUCAAGCGCACUGGACAUUGAAGUAGCAAUAUGGUUCAGUUUGUCAUGCCAUUUGUUUUUUACACUCAGAAAAGAGUUAGUUUAUACCUAUUACCAACACCCUUUGGAAGAUUGGGGUAAGCAGGGGGUAUUCUUAGUGAACAUUGCUCACAGUACCUCUUGUUCAAAUUGUCAGGGUAUACAGUCGUAGGGGGGAUCUCAGCUGCAGCAAUUUAAUUUAGAAACUAACUAUAUUUUCUGAUCAAAAUUUGUCUGUUGUCUGUCGUCAUUGGCGUUGGUGUAAACUUUUCACAUUUUUAUCUUCUUCUCCAGAACCACUGGGCCAAUUUCAACCAAACUUGGCACAAAGCAUCCUUGGGUGAAGGGCUUUCAAGUUUGUUUAAAUGAAGGGCCAUGCCGCCUUCCAAGGGGAUAUAAUCACACAAAUAUGCAAAUACAGGGUGUGGUCAUUUAAAAUCUUCUCAAGAACCACUGGGCCAGAGGAACUUAAAUUUACAUGAAAAUUCCUGACAGUGCAGAUUCAAGUUUGAUAAAAUCAUGGUCCCCGGGGUAUGGUGGGGCAGCAAUAGGGGAUCAAAGUUUUACAUACAAAUAUAUAGUGAAAUUCUUUAAAAAUCUUCUCAAGAACCUGUUUGUUAAAAUCAUGCCCCCCCCCUUGGGGGGGGGGGGGGGGGGGGGGGGGGGGGGGGGGGGGGGUAGGAUGGGGCCACAAUAGGGGAUCAAAGUUUUACAUAGAAAUAUAUAGGGAGAAAAUCUUUAAAAACCUUCUCAAGAACCACUGGACCAGAAAAGUUUACAUUUACAUGACAGCUUACUGACAUAGUGCAGAGUCAAGUUUGGUAAAAUCAUGGUCCCCGGGGGUAUGGUGGGGCCACAAUAGGGGAUCAAAGUUUUACAUACAAAUAUAUAGGGAAAUUUAAAAAAAAUCUUCUUCUCAAGAACCACUGGGUCAGAAAAGUAGAAAUUUACAUGAAAAUGACAUUAUGCAGAUUCAAGUGUGUUAAAAUCAUGGCCCCUGGGGGUAGGAUAGGCCACAAUAGGGGAUCAAAGUUUUUCAUACUAAUAUAUAGAGAAAAUCUUUAAAAAUCUUCUUCUCAAGAACCAUUGGGUCUAAGAAGUUUACAUGAAAGCUUCCUGACAUAAUGCAGAUUCAAAUUUGUAAAAAUCAUGCCAAUUAAAAAAAACACCCCAAUUUAAUUCAUAUUACUGAGUGAUUAUUAUUGAAAGAUUUAGAAUAGUAUGCAAACACCUAGCCUCCUUUCUCAAAGUGUAGGGACAGUUGGAGGAGAUAUUGUCUUCUACAAUUGUUGACAAGCAGAAAAGGAACCUGAAAAUUUCUUUUUUUUGUCCAAACUUCACACUCCUAAAUUGGAGGGGGAGGGGGGGGGGGGGGUACUCCGUUCAUCUUCAAUUCAUUCAUUAUUACAUUUUUACCAUUCAAUACUACCACCAAAAGAAUGGGGUGGGGGCCAAGCCGCCAAUUAAUCUUAUUGCACAUGUGAAAAUAACUUAGUUUAUAUAUGAAAAUAACAGAAAAUGAAGGUUGUCAAAAAAGUGGAGGUUCAGCCCCCUGGUUCUACGUGCCUGAUACGUUGGUACAUGUAUAUUAAGUUCACAUGAAGUUUGCUUGUGCACAAAUCUGUCGACAUUUGAUAUCAAUUAGCAAUACAAUCGAAAAACAAUAAUUUAAUGCUCUUAAUUGUAUAUCACAUACAUAUUACGAGGUAAAUCUUUCAUAUGUGGAUAUAGAUUCUUUAUGACAAGUCCUUGUUAUACUUUAGUGUUUGACCCUGAAAGUUUGACCUACUUUGAUAAAAAUCUGACCUAUUCAAUAUCCCCUGAACUAUUUGAGACAGAGCUUUCAUAUUUUGUAUACAUAUAUGUAUGUAACCGUCUUGUAUUCAAUAAUAAACACAAAAUGGAGUU